AUGCCGCCUAAAACGAAAGCUUGGCAGAAGCGUACAAAAUGGACAGCCCAAAUGAUCGCUGAUCUUGUGACAUGUCGAGCAUUAGCUCUAGCAAAACAUGCAGAUACAUCAAAUAUAGCAGAAAAUGUGAGCGAUAGGCGAAAGGGUUAUAUGGAAAUAAUGAAAGAUUUAUGGGAAGAGAAAGGAUAUGCAUCAUAUCGGUUCUCAGCUCAAAAUCUACGAGAUAAAGUAGCACAAGUUCUAAAGAAUAAAGAAAGAAAAUUGCCGGAUACUAACUGCUCGAAAGACACCAGUGACGUAUCUAUAAAUUUCUCUGAAAACGAUGUGUGUUUCAGCUCAAAACCAAAACAACCAACACGAAUAUAACAAUGUAGAAAUUGAACCUGAUAAUGACGCUGAUGUUAAUGUAAUCGACCAAGUAAACAACAUAAAUGGCCUGGUUUUAUCCAACUUUUUACAUGCAUCAAACAACUUUCAAUGGGGAGAAUUGAAUAAAGAGGCAUGCGUUCAUGCUCCAAAUGACGCAUAUGAAGAAAUAGUAUCCUGGAGAAGAAAUAUUUUUACCCUUCCAUCGGGUAAAGUCGGGGAAAGCGUUUAUCAAAGAGUUAGCUCGUUUAUAUCAGGCGUAUGCAGAUGA